AUGCCGCUCUUCCCCGAUGAGCGCGCCAAGCUCAAGCGCAUUCUGGAUCAAACCGACGCCCUCCAAGACCUGCACCAGAUUAUCGAGAACGACGAAGCCCGUUGGGAAGCGCUCCCUCGACCUGCCGAGAUCCCUCGCAGCCCGUUGGAUGCUCUUAGGCUGCAUCAAUGGCCAGAUACAUAUGCCAGCACACUCAUCGAGGAGGUUGUCCGCCGCCCUCACUCUACCCAUUCGACUGGCGUCGCUCAGGCACUCGGCUCCCACCCGCUGCGGGUUCGCCACCAUGAACAGCUGGCCCCAUUCCUCGGCACGUCUGUGGCAGAGAUCAUCUCGCAUGACGUCGGGCUCGAAGACUCACCGGUCAUGAGGCAAUGGAACCACGGUUAUCUCAUGUCGUGUUUGACAAUGCCGAAUGCGCAGGUGACGAGCGCGCGAGACGUCUCUGCCCUCGCGUUGGGACUCUUUGGCACGCCUCUCAACCACCUGUUGGCAAACUCGUUGUCAUACGUCUCGGGCACUGUACCGCAGCCCGCACCUCGUUGGAAGCGGCCUAUGCCCGCCAGUGAUAUCGGUGGUGCUGAUUGGGUUUGCGUUGGGGGCCAUGACGAGAACGACGCCCGUGCCCACGUGAAAUGGAAGGCACUCGACGCACUGCCCGACCAGCACAUGGCCGACGUUUUCGUGGCAGCAAGCGCUGGUAAAACCACAAUGACCUGGCACCCUUUGAAGAAAGGCUUUGCCAUAUCGGCGGAUAACGGCAAGCUCACUUCCACAUCGAUUCGCGUACGUCCAAAUGCCUCAGAGGCGACUGUCCAAGCUUGGGCCGCGUGCCAUCACCACCAGUGCCGCUGGGCCCUUCUGUUCAACACAAACUCCGCCAUUGUCAUGUUCCUCGCGGACAAGUACGAGCUCUGGGUGUCUGGCGUCAUUGACCGUCACGACACUGGUGACGAUGUCACCCUCACCAUUGCCCUCGCGCUCGCAGCCAUCGGGCUCGUCAAAGAACUCCCAGAUGGAGCGGUGCCGGCAGACGACUUUGGCUACCUUGACCUGUCCGAGAGGAAAAAUGACACGACAGAUGAAGGUUCGACAACACCAGUCGCGCAUGGCCAACUUUCGUCGCGGUCAUCAUUGGAAACGCUACGACAGCCAACUACACGUCUGAGCGACGAUGCCAUUGUAGGCAACCUUGACUCGCGUAUGGGGUUCGACGAUGGUGGUCUAAUGAAAGCGACCCCGCCUGGUGCCGACGCCGUGCCGCCGACAGUCGUGUAUGUCCGCCGCCCCAUCGCCUCAAGCCGCAUCUGGACUGUCUACGAGGCGUAUGCUGAGAACAACGUGGACAUGCUCGGGGACAACAUCACGUUGAAGUGGGAUCCGGCCUGCUGGGUUAUCGAUACGCCUGUCGCCGACGCCCUCCCUUCGACGCCGACUCGUGCGCCAAGCGGCCCAUUCAAACCUGGAGAAUCACCCUCGCCUGCAAAGAGCACCACGUACAACCAGUUAGCCUCUUACGGAACCGCGCCGUCGGAUAUUAAGCCUCCCCUCCACCGCAUGAUAAUCAAGAUUGCCGCUCCCUCAGCAAACAGCAAGAUCAAGGGCAUCCUUACCGAGCUGAAGACGUUUGAGUCACUCCACCAUCUCCAAGGAAGCGUGCUUCCUGUUUACGGUGGUCUAUUCCGUGCCCCGCUUACGGAGCGAGUUCACGGAGACGAGUGCCAGUGGGCCUGCGUCAUGGAGGAUGUUGGCGCUGCGGUCGUCGACGGCGACGGUGACGGCUACGUCGAGGAUCGGUACCCCCCGCGUAGGUAUGCCUACUCCAUCUGGCGUCUGUUUAGCGCCCUGCAUGAUGCAGGUGUGGCGCAUGGAGACGUAGAGAUGAGACAUGUGCGUCGGGGCUACGGUCUCGCCCGCGACCCUCACGCUGUCGCCGAUGCGCCACGCAGUGCCGACCUCGGCCUCCGCCUCAUUGACCUCGCCCGCGCAUCUACUAGCGCUGCAGCCAUUGAGCGCGAGGGCGACUACUUGCGCCGUUUGCUCCGCAUUUCGCCUGACUGA